GCCGGUGGUGCUGGUGUUCCCCUGCUCUGAGCGUCAUGUGAUCUGCCUGCCGUGUUUCCGUGGUUACUGUGAGGUCAGACUGAGGGAGGGGCAGUUCGUCCUCCAUGCUGAGGUCGGAUACACUCUGCCCUGUGCAGCCGGCUGCGCUGACUCUCUCAUUAAAGAGCUGCAUCAUUUCAGGAUCCUGGGAGAGGAGCAGUAUGGGCGGUACCUGCAGUUUGGGGCGGAGCGCUGCUUGCUGCUGAUCGGAGGACUGAUGUGUCCGUCAGCGGGCUGUGGGGCGGGGCUUGUGCCCCCCCCAGGUAUAAAGCGGCUGCAAUGUGACCCUCGGCUCGGCUGCGGAUUCAUCUUCUGCAGAGACUGCAGGGGGGGGGGGCCACGAGGGGGCGUGUCCUCCCACACAGGCACCGCCCACAGCAGCAGACCCACAGGAGUUCUCCGUGGGGGAGGGGGCGUCUCAGAGGGGGAGGUGGGAGCUCGCCUCCCUGCAGCUCCUGAAGGAAACCACCAGACCCUGCCCUCAGUGCUGCGCCCCGGUGGAGAGAGACGGCGGCUGUAUGCACAUGUCCUGCCCGCUCUGCAGCGCUGACUGGUGCUGGAUCUGCAGAGUCUCCUGGAACAACGACUGCAUGGGGAACCACUGGUUCGGAUGAGCUGUGGUAAUAAAAUAUUCAAUAAAGA